ACGGGUUAAACCCACCGGUAACCCCCCGGGCUGAAGCGGGUAAAGACAAACCUCACGGUCCGGUUCCACCGCAGGCGCCGCUUCUCAGCGAGAAUUCAAACGUGCGUGUCGUGCAAUUCCCUUUAAAUGGGGACAGUUCACUCCUAGCGGAGGUGACGCGGGCGACAACAAAGACUCCAACAAAGGCGCGUUAUUCCAUCGUUUGAUGCAAGUUCAGUCCGGACCGAGCUGAAACGCUUCUACAAGAGCCGUGAAGCGGAUUUUGCGCUUUAAAUUGUCGGCGGUUUAACUCGACGUAGUUUGUUUUGGUUGCAGCGCGCCCCUCUCCUCGCCUGGAGAUGGAACCGCCCGCCCCAUCUGUUCUCCUCUUGUGAGAUUGGAGCAGGUCGUAGUGGCGCAAUGGCAACUACAGCGGGCGGACGGCGGGCUCUGCGCUUCAGCUGAAGUCGUGUGUGGGAGAAGAAACGUGGAUAGCGGCGUCGAAAUACUGUCUGAUGUGAGGAAACGAAGGGAGCGUAAAAACUUCCCUCCUUUUUUUUUGAAGAUGUCCCAGGGAUGUAGAGUUUCUGUGGAGGAGGUCCAGUCUUGGUGGGAAGUCCCCGCCAUCGCGCACUUCUGCUCGCUCUUCAGGGCGGCGUUCAACUUACCGGACUUUGAGAUCGAGGAGCUGGAACAAGCACUGCUGAAACAGGACCGAGACUUCCUCUCCGACCUCGUUUGCUGUCUUCUCCAGGGAUGUUACCAGAGGCGCGACAUCACGCCUCAGGCUUUCCGCAGCUACCUGGAGGACAUCAUCAACUACCGCUGGGAGCUGGAGGAGGGGAAGCCCAACCCUCUGAAAGAGUGCUCUUUUGAGGACCUUCCAGUCCGCACGCAGGUGGAGCUCCUCCACAGGCUCUGUGAUUACCGCCUGGACGCUGCUGACGUCUUCGACCUGCUUAAGGGACUGGAUGCAGACAGCUUACGUGUCGAGCCUCUGGGUCAAGAUGGAACUGGUGCCCUUUAUUGGUACUUCUAUGGUACUCGGAUGUACAAGGAGGAGCCUGUGAGAAGGACGUCCUCUGAGCGCGGUGGAACCCCUGAAUCAAAAAUACCCGAGAAGAAAAGGAGGGGCAGACCACCGAAGAAGAAGCCGGGAGAGAUGUCACCAACGGAAAUGUAUACAGCGGAAGAAAAUGGUGUUGAGGCGCCGCAGUUGGUUAAAGAGCGAGAGCGCGGAGCUUGGUCACUGAUAUGUGACACCGAAGAGCAGUGGACCAGGCUGGCGGACAGUAUCAAGGACAAAAGUUCUCCUCAGGACCGUCACCUGUACCGCAUCAUCACGCAGAACUUCCUGCCUGAGAUCAGCAGUAUGGUUGAGCACAGGGAACGAGAGCAGCAGCAGAAGCUGUUGAACCCUCCGGUGCGAAACUCGCAGCGGCUUUCCGAGAGAUUUGUCAGCCGAGAGGAUGAUCAGCUGAACGUCGUCUCUGAAGCUGACGUUAAACAGAGAGAGGAGGAUUUGGAAAGACAGAUUCUUCUCGCAGAGCAGCGCCGGGAAGAGGAGCGACUCCUCCAAGAGGAGCGGGAGAGAGAGGAGUUGGAGAGAGCCAAAGCGGCUGAAGAGCGAGCACGGAGGAGGAAGCAGCGUGAGGAGAGGGCCUGGUUGCUGUCUCAGGGGAAGGAACUUCCUCCUGAGCUUCUUCAUUUGGAGCCACACUCACCCGUUCGCCGCUCUCGCCGCACCAAGGAGCUUUAUGAGAUCGAUGAUGAUUACGCUGCUCUGUACAAAGUGCUGGAGGCUCUAAAGGCUCACAAAGAUGCUUGGCCCUUCAUGGAACCUGUGGAUGAGUCCUACGCCCCUAAUUAUCAUGAGAUCAUUCAGACCCCAAUGGAUCUAUCUACCAUUGAGAGAAAGCUAAAUGAAGGCGAGUACAUUGUCAAGGAUGAAUUUGUAGCUGAUGUGAAGCUCAUGUUCGAGAACUGCUUGGAGUACAACGGCGAGGAGAGCGAGUACACCAUAAUGGCUGAGUCACUGGAGCGCUGUUUCAACAGAGCCUUGCUGAAACACUUCCCCUCCGAGGACGGAGACACCGACGAGGAAUUCCACGUAACCAAGGAGGAGCGUGACCGCAAGGAGAAGAAAAAGGGCAAGAGCAGCCGCCAGUCAGGGCCCGAAAGCCUGAUCCGGGCUACAGAGCAGGUGCAGAAACGUAAAACCCCCGGCAGCGGUAAAGGAGGCAAGGUGCCUCAGGAGAGCAGCUCGGUGUUGGCUCCUCCACCCCCUGCUUUUCCCUACGCCAAUGGGCCAUCACAUCCUCAAAACAUCCACCCAGGACAGCCUCAUCUUGGGAAUGAUCCACGGGCUGCGAUGUACCAUCCCGGCCAGCAGCGGGCCCCAGGUCCUCCACCAUCAGGCAUGUAUGGCCAGCAUUUGAUGCUGGACCCCCGAUAUUCGUAUCCAGGACAGAGACCCUUCAUGGCUGGAGGACCAGGAGAGCACAUAUCUCAUUAUAACAUGCAGGGUCCACCUGUCAAUGGUCCACACCUUGGUCCCAGAUACCCAGUGGGAUCUGAAGCUCGACCAGUUCAACCUCAGCAUCAGCAGCACACCUACAUUGGACCAACUCAUGGCCCGUCGCUGGGGCCAAGACCAGUGGCCCUACAGCCUGGAGGCUUUUGCACCCCUCCGUCCGAAGGAAACAUGUACCCAUCUGCCCAACACCCUGACGGACAACCCAUGCACACUGUGGGGAACAGCUACCCGAGACCUGGCGUUCCCAUGCACAACUCUUACACCUCUUAUGGCCCUCCGCCAGGUCCGUAUGGUGCUUGGCCGAACCAUCAAGGACAGCUACCUAGAGGGCCUAUGAUGCAGGAGCAGACUAUGGGCAAUCAGCACCCCUAUGGUCAUGGUAUGAUGCGUCCCCCACGCCCUGCAGGAUAUCCCCCCUCUAAUGGCCCUUACAGAAUGCCUGCAGUUAAUUCCCCAGGACCCGUGGGCCACAGGCCCCCUCUGACCCCUCAAGACUCUAGGCCACACAUGGGAUCAAUGAUGGACAGUCCAGAGAUGAUAGCCCUUCAGCAGCUCUCAGCCUCAUCCUCCCGCCGCAACAUUAGCUAUCAGCCCUCUCCUUUGACUGCGUCUGCUCCUGAAAGCCAGCACCCAAGUUCUAUGGGAAAGAGCUCUGUGGAUAACCGGACUGUAGAUGGAGCAGCCAAAGGUCCAGAGGUGGAAUUGGCUGAUAAACGGUUAAGCGAAGAUUCCAUUGGCCCACCUCACCCCGGACCAGCUGAAAGGCUUGAACAGCCCAGUGUUGGCCAGCAGAGCCCCACUGCCCCAGAAUGGAGCAGAUCUCCACAGAAAAAGACUUCUGCGGCGGUGUCUUCAGCAUUGCUGUCACCACAGAAAAACAGCCUGGAACCGAAAGAAGAGAGCUAUGGAGAAGCCAGUCCUCAGAUACCCUCAAACAGUUCUCAGCCCUCCUUUCAAAAUGGCCUGAAUUCAGAAUCCCAGUCACAAAGAUCUCAGGAUUUGUCUCCUUUGAAGAUUCCUUUGAAAAGUCCGGAAAAAUUGCCCCUCCAUCCCUCUCAACAAAUGCCCCUAGCUGCCCCUCCUCCAUUCUCCCAAAAUGGCCCUUCCCAGUUGCCCCAAAAUAUUUCUCACCAAGUAUUGCACAGUCCCCCUCAACAGGUUCCUCAGGGUAUGUCCCCUCAGUACCCUCACAAUGGGCACGUGCCUAAUGUCCCUCACCAGCAGAUGCCCCAGGGUGGAUCUGUCCGCGGCCCACAGUCAGGACCUGUUCAUGGCAUGCCACAGACAGUUCCUCAGGUGUCUCAGCUUGGGGCUCAGCAGCCUGCCUCCCUCACGCCUCUGCCCCCCAGCCACCCUGUGUCCCAUCCGCUUGCCCAGCCCUCUCCUGCUGACCGUGGCGACCAGAGGCCCAGCGAACCGACCCGAGAGCCUGGGGGAGGCUCUGGGAAUAGUAAUCCAGAUGCAAAGACAGCUCCUGCAAAUACUAACAGCCACUACAAGCAGCAGCCUUUUAGCCCAGAGUCAAAGGCCCAGUUGAGUAGGCCAGAGUUGCCUCAUAACCAAACACCAGCCAGCCACGCUAUCGGUCCUGCAAGUAACACUGUGGCUCAAUACACUGGUGGCAUGGGUGGUCCAGCACCUUCACAGUAUGGCCAGUACAUGGGCAGGGCUGUGUCCCAUUCUGUGCGAUUACCCUACCCAAACCAGACACCGCCAUCUCAGUCUAUGAGCCCUCAUCUUAAUCCUGCCCAGUACCCACCGUAUCAUCAGCAAGGUUCUGCAUAUCAGUACCAUAUGGGACCCCAGCACCCUCAGGCCCACCCUCAGUACCAGCAGCAACAUCAGUACUAUCCUCAGCACCAGCAGAACAGCCGGCAUGGUUUUCCAGCAACUGAGUGGCAGAGGCCCCAGUACCCGCCCCGUCACCCUAUGAUGCCCAACGCUUACCCGCCUAUGGCAGGUACCAGUGUCAAUGGCCGGCAGAGGGAGAAUACCAUGUCCCCUCUGGGUUCUGAAGGUUCUGGUGGAAGUCUGAUGUCUCCUAGUUCUCUUCCAGACGGAGUCCACUGUGGCUCUGCUGAGAAUCAGAGUUGCAGCAGUCCAGCGAAACAUUCCCAGAUGGAGGAGGGCUCUGACCAGCCUGAAAGCCCUAAAGAACUGCUGGAUUUGGAUAGCCACAAUGCUGCGGCCCGGCGCCGCGCCUCCGCCCAGCCCCAGCACAACUUCCCCUAUAAUCCCCAAGUCAUGCAUCCUAACAUGCAGCAAGGUGCAGCCCCUCCACCCCACGCAAUGCCUGGCGGGCCAUACCCCUCCAGGCCCCAGCGCCCUAGUGGACAUUUCCCCGCUCAGCAUCCUCACCCGCAUCUGAUGGAGGCCCUGCAGCGGCCCCAGCAGCUACCCUACUCCCCAGGCCAAAGCCGCAUGCCCAUGUACAGGCAUCCCCAUGGUGCUGGACACUUCCAGGGCAUGAUGAUGCCUCAAAGAGACAUGGGACCUGAACACUUAUUUCAUCCUGGGCAGAACAUGAUGAACGCAGCUGCUCCCAGCGGUCCUGGCAGUAAGCAGGGGGUAUGAAAGGUGAUUGAAUGAGUCAGAUGGAGAGAGUUGAGCAAAGAGGAGCCUCAUCUACUCAACUGGAAGAUCACUUUCCAGCUCCUGAAAUAUGACUGUGAAAAGACACGUUGCUUUUGUGUUGGGGAGCAGUGUUGAAGUGCUGCUUCCACUGGAUUGAACACCAUCCUACAGCAAGGAGCUCUGUGGGCCUCAACGGUGAUGAGUAAGGAGCUUGAGACCUUCCACUGCUUUUGGAUCUCUGCAGCCUUUUCCCUGUGUACAUCAUUACCUGAAGGAGCCCUGCCAGAACACUGCACUUUGAGAGUGAGACCUCUUUCCCUGUGGAGCUGAAGCUUCCAGGCUUCAUCGCAUAUGCAGCUGAAAGGAAAGGGACCAGCAACGAGAAGCUGCCUUUGAGAGGUCUGAGGAGUCAAUUAUUACCUUGGUGUUCCUUCCCAAAGUUAAUCUCAGGUGUUUUUAUAGAAGGUACUUGUGAACUUUAAAGUCGAGUCAUCUCUGAUCAUCGUGGACACACUGGACACUCUGUUGCCUUUCUCAUUCCUUUUGAAUGUCCUGUACAUGUGAGUUAUUUUAGAUAUACUAACAUAACAGCAGAUGGGCCACUGAGUUGGGUCGUUACCACUAAGGAGAUCGUCAGCGAUGGUCCUGUUUAGGUGGCCAUCUCAACCUCAACUGCAGCAGAAUUUCCACUCGCGUCUGCAUCCUUCAACGCUGCCUUUGCUCGAAGAAUGUGUUUGACUUCAUGGAUUCCCAGAGACCUCAGCUGCUCCUGUUGUUUAUGCACUAGUUUGAUAGUCUUUAAUACUGGAAUUAGCGGCCUUGGACUUCGUAGACGUGUACUACUAUGUAUAUAUGACGGUAAAACGUGACCCUGAGAUGUCUGAGAUGACCCCCUCCGAGCUGUAAUGCAUGUGCUGUCAAUCACUUAAUUGAUCUGUCCUGCUAGUUUAUCUGUACGCCUCAUGAGGAAGGAGUGAAAAGCCUCGUCCUUUUUGUCACGGGUGUCUUUCAGUCCUUAAGAGGGGAGGGUCUGAUUUUAGCAACAUAUUUACGACUGUGAAAAGUAGCUUGUAUAUGUGAAUAGGAAAUAUUUAGGGCUGUCAUAUAGAAGAAUUUUUCUCUUUUUCUAUUUUGGUGCUUCCUCUUUCACAAUUCAGCGUGAUGAACUUCACGUCCUCAGGGUGUCACGCUUAAAAUACGGGUAUAGAUGAAUUAUUUAAAGGGGAAGUGAUGCGUGAGAUGACUGGAUCUGUGAUGAUUAAUUGACCUCGAUUCACUUAGACGGUGAUUUUUACUCCACGUGUUCACAGCUUGCAGCUUUUUUUAAUGUUCUGAUUUAAAGCCUUUUAAAAUGGCAAAAAUACAAAUAACCCAGUUGUUCUUUGAUCAAACUGAACUGGAACUCGUUUGUUUUUGAUUGUCAUCUUAUUUUCAAGCUGGUUGAAAGCGGUGAGCGUUUCUCGCUCUUGUUGGACUCGUCACGGCUGCCCAUUCAGAGCAGCCAUGCACCGGUGUGGGAAUUGUGGGCCGACGCAUACAGUGUGGGAAAAGUUGGAACAGCCCCAGUCAAAUUCCGUGCUUGUUCUCCCUCAGUGUAAUUACCACAUCCUCUACAGGGAACACACGCGGAGCAGGUUUUUGUAGCUUUUAGUGCACAAUUUCUAUUUAUUUGCUGUGGGAAAUAUUUCGGGGAAAAGUAAAACGUGUGCCGUAAGUAUUACAAUUAAAAUGUUUUGUUUUUUUUUUGUGUCCUGUAGGUUAAAUUAAACAAAUAAACAAACAGAAUUGGGCUUUAGGUAUGCAGAAGUGUGUUCUCUGUAGAGGGUGCGUGCUUAUUUGUGUACCUAAACUUUUGCAUGUGGCUGUGUCUGUUGUUGCUGAGACACAAACAUAUUUAUUAAAUUUGGGAAUUGGGACUGGGCCCACCGGGAUUUAACGUUUAUUUCAGCACAUUCUUAAAUUAAUGAAGGCUCUGCCGUGGGUUCUCUGAGCAGUGGUGCUGUUGAAGAGCCACUUCUUGUUCCCUAAAGAACCAGGUUUUACAGAGGAACCCUUUAGAAGGUUUUGCACAAUAUAAAGGUUCUUUACCAAGUUAAAGAUCCCAGAAGCGUUCUUCACUCUAACACGCCUCGUUCUCUAAAGAUCCAGCUUACUGAAAGGUUCUUUAGGGAACCAAAUGUCGUUCUUCUAGGAACACUUUCUGGCCUGUGGCGCCUUCAUUUUUAGGAGUGUGGAGUUACAAAUACAGUAAAAUGAAUAGAAAAGCAGAUGUUUUUGCGCAGUAGCUGCGUUGCCUGAACAGAUCAAUCUGUCCGAUCCUGAUAUUCCGAUAUUAUCGUGCAGGUUUAUGGUGUUUACUUUUGGAUUAGCAUGUUCGCUCUUUACAUUUAUGUUUAAUUACCCAACUUUUCUUUUUUUUAACUGGGCAUUAAAAUGUGACGGCCGACUUUGAUCCAGUGGCUGCAGAUGAUUUCUAUCUACCUCAUGAAGAGUCUGGCGUUCCCGGCGUUCCCACACAAACGAUCCUCCCAGUUUCUCACGGUCACUAACGCUGAGACGCGUCCGUGUUUGGCUGCUCAGCGUGUGGAUGUAUGAACUCUACAGAAGCCUUAAUUCAAAUUAGACGUCGGUGCCGAGUUGGAACGCGCCAUCCUCGGCCUGCCGUCUGCAUCGUUGUGCGUGUGGAAUGUCGGCGUGUUUUCCCAGCCGUGUCUGAGAGAACGGGAAUGUGAAGUAAAAUCAGCUACGACUACAAAGUCAUCACCGUCACUACGUGGUCUCCGUUCACUGAAACGAAGACUGGGCUGAGGUCGGGCCACUGAAGGGCUCAAUGUCACUGUACUGACCUUCAUCUUCGGCCUGGCUGACCGUGCCGCGUCACAGACGCAGAGCGUGUACGGCAGCGAUCGUUUCAUUCCUAAAUGUUUUCAGGAGACACACGAAGAGUUUGUCCAGAUGUUUUUACAGUAGAAAUGAUGAAGAGGAGCGCUGGAGGAAGGCCAGCAGCUGUGGGCCGUAGACGGGGCCCCGCGUUAUUGAGCGGGCUGUUCUGUGCUUGGUAGAGAUUUAGCCGUAGAUGCUGAGCUGUACUCGACGCGUAACCUGCUCUCUCACGAUGGGACAGGCUAGUUUCUGUGGACCGCGGUCACAUUGGCUGUGUACAGGUUUGUACUCGCGUGUCGGCUGCAUGACGGACUGAGCUGCACCCACGGGUUCUGUGUCCCCUCCGCUGUCCCUGCUGUCCGUCUCUGUCCACACUAGUGAAAUUAGAGCUGGUUAAAUAUGAAUCAUAUUUAUUUGCUGUUUUACCUUUUGUACGUUAUUUUGGGCUCUUUGUUUUUAAUAUAAAUGUUUUCUUUCUCUGUUUUUUUUGUUUUUAAACAGUCGACUAUACCUCAGUAGCACAGCGGCAUCAAAAAGGACUGUAUGUUUCAUUUUAAUGUGAAGUUUACAAGUUCUUAUCUGACUGACAUAGAUUAUUUUGGAAAUGGACCGAAGUGUUUUCUAUACUGUACAUUUCUUAGAAUAAAUAACUUUUUUUCAUGAA